AUGGUUAAAAUAACUGGAGAAGGUCUUGUUGCUAGACUGGAGGCUCAUCAGCAUAAAAAACGCAUGCCUCUUGUGUAUGCACUUGAAAAGUCACUAGGCUGGAGGAUAUUAUCAGAAGGAUGGAGAGCAGCAGCAAAGGGACUCAAGUCCAAUUGCUUCAUAGUCAGCCCAAAUGAAACCUAUUUUACUUGCAUGACUCAGUCCGAGCUAUUCCAAACAGAGCGCUUGAAUGCCCCUAUACACUCCUUAGAUUGGUCUGGUCAACAUCUUUUGGCAGGUACAAAUAAAGGAACAGUCAAACUAUUCAAUGUUGAAGGCGACUUUGAUGAUGAGGAUAUGCCAGCUAAAUUUGUAAAGCUGGGAAACUAUGUCAGCCCAUCUAUGGAAGGAACUAUCCACUCUAGACAUCUCCCGAGUUACUCUCAUAAUACCUUUGUAAAAGCAGUGGCGUUCUCGCCAAAUUACUUGGAUGGACAAACAUCUUCUUCUCCAGUUUCCUCGUCAUCUUCCACGGGAUCACUAAACGAAACACAAUCUUAUAGGCCUUCUGGCCAUUUUUUAUCAAUUACCGCAAAUAAUUUACAUAUAUGGGAUGUCAACGAAGAGAGAAAACCAGCUUACAUACAAACGACAGAUAAAAAUAACCUCCAGUGCGCAAACUGGUCUCAUCAUGCACCAUAUUCUCUUAUUGCGACAGCUGGAGAUGGAAGAUCAUUAAAUAUAAUUGAUACACGUGUGCCAACAAACCAUCAAGACGGAGUAGUCUGGAGAGCACCUAAUGCCCAUGAUCGACCUAUAACGACAACUGCUUUUAGUCCAUUUGUUCCCUAUUGGCUUGCCUCGGGUGGUGAAGAUUGUAUGGCUAAUAUUUGGGAUAUUCGAUCGUCCUGUCAUUUGCCAGUUGGAAAAAUCGAUGGGCAUUUAGGAACAGUCAAAUCUAUUUCAUGGUCAAACUUGCGCCCAGAGAACAUAUCAACCACUUCCUCUGAUGGUACAAUGCGAAUGUGGACUCUUUCCAGUGACGCUAUCCCUAUCUGGGAUACAUAUAAUAAGUUAACUAAAAGCUAUGAGAAAAACAGACAACCUGUAUUCCAAACAAUCUGGGAAAAGAGAGAUUGGUUAAGACAUGAAUUCAAGACAAAGAAUGAAUGGCAAUUUAAGGACAUACCGGAUAAUGAGGAGCCAAGUCAAGAUAGCUGUUCGGAAACUAUGAUGCUGGUUGGUGCUUUUGGAAUUGGUGAGUGGGGAAAAUGCGAUGGUGUGCCAAUUUAUGUUGGUGAAGACAGUGAGACCAGUAAAGGCCAUGUUGUGUCAGUAAUUGCUUCAAAAACAUAUCCUGGACUGUAUUAUACUGCUACUGAUCGCGGGCAGCUCACAGCCCAGACUGUGCGUUUCAGUAUACUUACUGAAUUGGAUUGCAACCACAUAUAUGAUUCGGUGAAAAACCCCCUCGCUUUUCAGUUCGAGUGCGAUGCUUAUUGUCGGCGUAUACGAGAUGCCAAAAAAGUGCUUGCAGAGCUGGAGUCUGACCAGCCUACUACCCAAGAAAAAGAAUAUUUAUCUGAUAAAGACAUUGCCGCAUUAAAAGAGUCCUUAGUCCCCAUGAAUCAAAUUACUCCAGAAGAGUGGGAAAUUGAUUCAAUCCCAGAUCCGAAUAGUACAUUAACGUCUGAUCGACUAUGGAAUAAUGAUGAUAGAUGGGAUUUUUCUAUCAACAGAUUCAGAGACGAUCUCAACUAUUGGAGUAGACGCAUGGCACCUGGCUAUAAUACGUGCUUUAAUAUUCCCUUUGAUUUGUCAGACAUACUCGAAGAGAAAGUUGAACCAGAGAUGGAUAACACAACACCACAAGGAGACAUUGAAUUAUCCAGUCCCGAGAUUAAAAAAGAAGACACGCCUUUAGUAACUCCAGAAGAAGAACCUACUGAAGAGUUGUUUGAAGAUAAUAUGUCUAAUCUUAGCAGGUCACGCACUGCAAUCAGCUACACAAGUGGGAAAAGCCGCGCGACUCGUAGUGAUAGUAUUCGAAGUAAUAUUAACCAAACUUUAAGACGCAAUUCACGAAGCUCCCACAGCUCAGAAGCAACAUCAUCCAUACUGCGUAAUAACAAUCCACUAAAAUCUCUCAAACGCGUGUUUUCUCGAACAAAACCACAUGGAACAUCAUCCACUGAACGCAAAAAUACACCCGAAGAACCGAUGCCCAGUCCAUCAUCUCCCUUAAAACGUAAAUCGACUAUACGUCGUAAUGCCAUCCUUGGCUCUUUUUAA